UUGGAAACAGGAAAGUUCAUGCUUCUUUUCCGAAACUCAAAAGUACUCUAUAUUUCGCGUUCCUACAGGAUAUCUAGAGUUUUUCGGUCAUUGAACAGAAUGAGUUCCCAAACAGCAGCAUCGUCUGAAACAGAAAGAACCGAACGAGACACUUUUGGUACCAUUCAAGUUCCAAGUACCAAAUAUUGGGGUGCUCAGACUCAAAGGUCAUUGUUGAAUUUUGAUAUUUGUCGUGACACAGAUCGUAUGCCUAAGGAAGUCAUUCACGCCUUUGGUAUACUCAAGAAAGCAGCAGCCGUUGUGAAUCGAACAUAUGGCUUGGAUGCGAAAGUGGCAGAUGCCAUAUGUUUGGCAGCUGAUGAAGUUGCAAGCGGUAAAUUAGACGACCACUUUCCAUUGGUAGUUUGGCAAACUGGUUCCGGCACUCAAUCAAACAUGAACUGCAACGAAGUUAUCUCUAACAGAGCCAUCGAAAUUUUAGGUGGAGAGUUAGGAUCGAAAAAGCCAGUACAUCCUAACGAUCACGUCAACAUGAGUCAAUCUUCGAACGAUACAUUUCCCACAGCGAUGCAUAUUGCUACUUGUCUAGCCAUUCAUCAGAAGUUGAUACCUGCUUUGAAACAAUUGGAAACCUCGUUGAACAACAAGGCCAAGGAAUUUGCGGAUAUUGUGAAAAUUGGACGAACUCAUUUGCAGGAUGCUGUUCCUCUUUCCUUCGGUCAAGAAUUCUCCGGAUUUGUUACUCAACUUUCGUAUGCUCAAGAAAGACUUCAUUCGUGCCUACCGCGGCUAUAUUAUUUGGCUAUUGGUGGAACAGCUGUAGGUACCGGUUUGAAUACUCGAAAGGGCUUUGAUGAGAAAGUUUGUGCUGAAAUUUCCAAAUAUACAAAGAUACCUUUUCAACCUGCUCCAAAUAAGUUUGAGGCCCUCGCAGCUCAUGACGCAAUGGUCGAAUGUAAUGGAGUCUUGAACACGAUAGCCUGCUCGUUGAUGAAAAUAGCAAAUGAUAUUCGUUGGAUGGGAAGUGGUCCAAGAUGUGGUUUAGGCGAAUUGAUUCUCCCUGAAAACGAACCUGGCUCUUCUAUUAUGCCUGGAAAAGUCAAUCCAACUCAAUGCGAAGCUAUGACUAUGGUUUGUGCGCAGGUUAUGGGAAACAGUGUUGCUGCUUCAGUUGGUGGUAGCAAUGGUCAAUUUGAACUGAACGUUUUCAAACCCAUGAUUGUGCGCAAUACAUUGCAUAGUAUUCGUUUAUUAGCUGAUGCUUGCGUAUCUUUUGAUUUGCAUUGUAUUAAGGAUUUGAAGGUUAACAAAAGUCGCGUUGAAGAACUAGUCAAAAACUCCUUGAUGCUAGUAACCGCCCUGAAUCCAGUCAUUGGAUAUGACAAUGCUGCUUUCAUAGCAAAGAAAGCUCACCGAGAAGGGACGACUCUUAGAGAAGCAGCUAUCCAGUCUGGUAAAAUUUCACCAGAGAAAUUUGAUGAAGUAGUCGACCCUAAGAAAAUGUUGGGUCCAAAUUAAAUUGUUUUGAAAUAAAAGGCCGAGUUGUAGACCUUGGGAAGUUCGAUGACAUAAUGGAACGAAACAAUUCAAACAACUUAUAUUACGUUCAACAAGCAACAAUUUUAGAGCAGAAAAGUUCAAAUUCACCCGUGCAAGAAGCCUGUAUGAGAGAGUUGAGGCAACUUAUUUCGGUGACUCUUGAAAGUAACAAGUUAAAUCUACGAAAACUGCAACAAGCAGCAAACGAUUUUCGUUUAUGUGCGAAGACAUUCGUAAGUAUAAGUCUUCUACUUUGGCAGAAUCUAACAGCCAUUGAGAAAAUUUGUGACGUGGAGUUGCAACAGAGUUUUCUGAUACAAGCUGACAACAAUAGAACCCCCUAGUUUAAUUCGAUCCCCUAUGUUCGUUUUAUUUUACUUUGAAGAAUGCAUUCCCUUAGUAUUCUUCUUACUUCAGGAACAGGGCUGUUGCUAGAUUGAGAGCUACUGUAACUUGAUUGGUACCAGUAAUCCAUAAAUUUGGUUUCGAAAGAAAGAUGAUGUACCAAGCUUCAAUGCGCAUGCCAGACAUGGUUU